UGUAUUUCAUUUCAUUAUAACCGCAAGGCUACGUCGAGCGAGUACGUCGUCGCUUGAUAUUACUUCGUGUCGUUUUAUAAAAUAAAUAUUUUGGAUUUCGUAUAAUAUUGUGUAUACACGGGAAAAUGUUCGAUACCAUUACGCUCAUCGCGACCCGGUCCAGGUGAAACGCGAUCAGUGACGAAACAAAGCAAAACGUGGUGUGUCGAGUCGCGGUAGGUGUCGUUUGUUAUCAAACAGCGAGGCCGCGAGGUGAGGGCUAUGGCGGAGGCGGCGCCCGGGAACAUCGUGAAGGAGGGCUGGCUGCAGAAGCGGGGCGAGCACAUCCGGAACUGGCGCGAUCGCUACUUCAUACUGUUCGACAACGGCGACCUGGUGGGAUUCAAGACCCAACCAGAACGGAACAACUACCGCGACCCCCUGAACAAGUUCACGGUCCGCGACUGUCAGAUCAUGGCCGUGGACAAGCCGCGCCCCUACACCUUCACGAUCCGCGGUCUGCAAUGGACUACUGUUAUCGAGCGCAAUUUUUCCGUCGACACAGAAAAAGAACGUGAGGAAUGGGUAGCGGCGAUCCGCUUCGUGUCCGGGCAGCUGAGCUCGGGCGCAGCGGGCGCUGCGGCUGCGGCGGGAGCCUCCUCCGCGCCGCCAGAAUCCGACGACCGUGACAUCGCGCAGCUUGGAACCAGCUUUCGCGAUCCGCGUCGUAUUACAUUGGAGAAAUUCGAAUUCGUAAAGGUGCUAGGCAAGGGUACCUUCGGCAAGGUGGUGCUGAGCCGCGAGAAAGGCACCGGCAAACUAUACGCCAUGAAGAUCCUCAAGAAGAACGUGAUUAUACAGAAGGACGAGGUCGCGCACACCAUCACAGAGAACCACGUGCUCAAGAAGACUAAGCACCCCUUUCUCACGGCGCUGCGAUACUCGUUCCAGACAGCGGACCGCGUGUGUUUCGUGAUGGAGUACGCGAACGGCGGUGAGCUGUUCUUCCACCUGUCGCGCGAGCGGUCGUUCUCCGAGGACCGCACCCGCUUCUACGGCGCCGAGAUCGUGUCCGCGCUCGGCUACCUCCACUCGGAGGGCAUCAUCUACCGCGACCUCAAGCUCGAGAACCUGCUGCUCGACAAGGACGGACACAUCAAGAUCGCGGACUUCGGCCUCUGUAAGGUGAACAUCACGUACGGACGCACGACGAAGACGUUCUGCGGCACACCAGAGUACCUCGCGCCCGAGGUGCUCGAGGACACCGACUAUGGCCCUGCUGUUGACUGGUGGGGCACGGGCGUGGUGCUGUACGAGAUGGCGUGCGGGCGGCUGCCGUUCUACAACCGCGACCACGAGGUGCUGUUCUCGCUGAUCCUGUCGGAGGAGGUGCGGUUCCCGCGCGCGCUGUCGGCGGCGUGCCGCGCGCUGCUGGCCGCGCUGCUCACCAAGGAGCCCGCCAAGCGGCUCGGCGCCGGGCCCGACGACGCCGUCGAGAUCAUGCACCACCCCUUCUUCGCCUCCAUCAACUGGGCCGACCUCGUCGCCAAGCGGGUGCCGCCGCCGUUCAAGCCACAGGUGGAGUCGGAGACGGACACGCGCUACUUCGACUCGGAGUUCACGGGCGAGUCGGUGGAGCUGACGCCGCCCGAGCACGACGCCGGCCUGCAGCGCAUACAGGAGGAACAGUUCCCGCAGUUCUCCUACCAGGACAUCAGCUCGUCGGCGCACUCGGCGCUGUCUCACCUGUCGCAGUCCGCGCUCGCCGACCGCCACCAGUAGCCGCCGCCCGCGGCCCUCGGUAGCCACUAGUGACAGUCGCCCCUGGCCGCUCGACGCUCGACUCAGUCGUCCCUGGCCAUCUGGCACUGGUGUCAACCCCCUUGGCCGUCCGACGCCGUUGUCAAGCCCCUAACUGUCCGACAUCGUUGUUAAUCACUCCUGGCUGUCUGAUAUCAGUAAUAAUCGCCCUCGACCGUCCGGCACUGGUGUCAAUCAUUCCUGGCCAUCCGGCAUCGAUGUCAGUCGCCCCUAGUCCAACACCAAUGUCAAUCGCCCGCUAGUCGUCCGACGCCAAUGUCAGUCGCUUCUGGCCGUCCGACAUCGAUGACAGUCGCCCCCUAGUCGUUCUAUACGAAUGUCAGUUACACCUGGCUGUCCAACACCAGUGUCAGUCAUCCUUAGUUGCCCGACAUCAAUGUCAGUCGCCCCGGGCCGUCCGACACUAGUCCGGCCACGGGCGACCAGGUCAGUCACCCCUGGUGAACUACCGCCAGUUUUGCCACAGUGCCAGUCAACCUUGGACGACUGGAUGUUACAAGCUUGUGGACAAAAUAAGAUUCUGUCAGUGAUAUCCCUAAUAAAAAAAUUGCAAAAUGUAUAAGUUUAACAUAAGCUUUAGAAUAUUCGAGUGUUCUCUGGACGUAAAUCUCAUGCAUUUUGUAGUUUUUUUUUUUUUUUUAUUUUAUUUUAUUAGUGAUACCACUAAUAAAAUAUUGCUUGGGGUACAGGCUUAAAUCGCUCCCGGUCGACUGCCACUCGAGAAGGUUAUAAACAAAUAGGUAUCACAGUAUAAAUACAUAUUGCCAAUAAAUUUGAUCUUGAAAAUCAGUCGUCCUCUUUCUCACCAUCACCGUUGAGUGUAAGAGAGAUAGAGAAUAAUUCCAUGUUUAAUUGUGAGGUUGAGAAUGAUGAGUAAGCGGGACAGAAGACGCGAAACGUCAUUCGAGCUCAAAUGUAUUGGAUGUUCCACUAUUAUCCGAUUCCAUUUGGUUAUAAACUUCUGUUUAAAUUGUAUCUUUUUUUUGUUAUUUAAUACUGGCAUGUUCUCCCCCGCCCCCUGUCGCCCCAUCAUACUUCUGGAACAGAAGUAUCUCAAGGUGGAUUUAGACUAAGCGAGCACACGCUCUAUCUUUCCUUACUUUUUAUUUAGUCUAAAUUGUUCGCCGAUGCAUGGCGAACUAUUUCGUCGCUGUUCCUUUAGUCUAAACAUAAUACUUUUUCUAUUCUCAUUGUUAAGUCUAAAUCCACUUUAACAGAACACGGAUGUAAUGGACUAUGUGUUUACAUGUAUAUAUAAUUGUACCUUAAACCCCUUUUAUCUUUGCCGGCUCGAUUUUGUAAAUAAUACAUUUAUGGUAUUAUGAAGUCUUUAAUAGUAAAUAAAUAGGAUAUAUUAUUAUUAUAUAUAAGAUUAUGCAGUUCGUAUAUUAUUUUUACUGCGCAUUUUAAUGUUGACUUUCACGAAAUCAGGAACAGUCACGUUCGCGACCAGCCGACAAAGGUAAACGGAAAGGGUAUAGAACACAGACAUAACGUAAACAGAUGUCGCAACUACAUUAUAGCGUGCCAAGUUGGCACCUUGAGAAACAUUGCAAAGUUCUGUUACUCUAUGUAAGUUUUAAACCGGAAUUCUUAGAUGAAAUUCAUGUCGAAAAAUUUGGGGGAUACGCAAUACUUUUCAUAUACAGAUAGUGAUUUAGUAAGGGUUUUGUUGAUUGAUAAAUUGAAACGCCACAGUAAAUAGAAAUAAUAUGGCACGCUUAUUUUUCACAAAGGUUGAAGUUGCGUCGUCUGUUUACAUAAUGUCUGCGGCAUAGAAAGUUAGUACGCGGGGCGAGAGGGGAGGUGCGGUGAGGGGGACACGGGUGCGACCGUACGAGCGGCCACAAUGCUCUAAUGUAUUUCCUUUUUGUAUAUAUUAAAAUUAGGAUUAAACUAC